AAUUUAGCUGUCGUGUCCGUGAGUUGAAAGGUGACUACGGCUCACAGUAAUGCCCAAAAAGGUUGAACAAAAUGCAUGUAGUUAAUUUACAAGCGAACUAUUCCAAGUCUGUUUGUCAACUGUUACUGUACAGCCCAGAAUGGUGUUAAGAGUAAGUAGCAAGAGGAGCGUGGUGUGGGGCUGGCUACUCCUGGUCUCCUGCUUUCUGCUGUCUGUUCGUUCACAUGAGCAGGCAGCCCACGAACACCCACCAGAGAGUCACCGUCCUAACAUGCAACUGGACAAGAACAUGGUCCAUGACAGAGAACACAUCAUGGAGCAUCUGGAAGGUGUGAUUGACAAGCCGGAGUCGGAUAUGUCGCCGCAGGAGCUGCAGUUGCACUACUUUAAGAUGCACGACUAUGAUGGCAACAACUUACUGGAUGGGCUGGAGUUGGCCACAGCCAUCACCCAUGUGCACAAAGAGGAAAAAGGAGAGGAAAGCCGGCCUAUGAAAGAGGAGGACCUCACAAGCCUUAUAGAUGAUGUUCUGAGGGACAAUGACAAAAACAACGACGGGUACAUAGACUACGCCGAGUUUGCCAGGUCCCUGGAGUAGAGGAGAGACGGUGCCUAACUAUUGGGGUCUGGCACCGUGCACUGCACACCACCACACCACUUUCGCCACCACACCACGUUAAUUUACCUGAGCCGGUGUGCAUGUCUCACGCUCUCUGUGGGGCUAUCACUAUCCUUCAUCCGUCCAGACAGCAUCUAUACCAGAGGUGGGCAAACUUCUUGGCUUGAGGGCCACAUUGGGAUUUUCGAAAUUCAACGGAGGGUUGCACAGAUUUUGUUUUGACCAAUUUCUGUUUGUCAAAACCUAUUUGCGGGUCAGAAAAAGGGCAGUCAUUUGAAACUAUUUAGGUCCGUUAUCAUUUCUACAUACUUUCUAUCUAGUUUUAGACGUUCAAGUGUGACCUGCAGUUUUUAACCCCCGUCCCCCAAAACAAAAUUAAAGGAUUUUACUCAAAACUCCUGUGCGCCAGAUUGAAAGGUUUGCCCAGCCCUGAUAUAUACAGUCGAUUAUUCAAUUAUUGCUGUAAUUAUAAAAACUGCCAAAUGUGUCUACUGUAUGCUAGCAACUAAACUAGUUCAGUCAUUUUAGAAUGAAAUUAUUGAGCAGGUAUUUACCUAAGCGCUGCUUUGCUGUAUAAAAUCCAGGAUUAUGGACCAAAGGUUUUGAUAUUUAUGCAUCCAAUCAAGUGAGGCCAUUUAUGACAACUGCCUGUGGUCCUUAACUUUAAGAGUGGCCUUUACUAUUACUGUACCAUUCUUGUACUAUUACUCAUAGUGGGAAUGUUACAGCCUGGAUGCAGUAUACUGUACCACAGAGUAUGUGGGAGUGUGGGAAUGGCAAAGCAGGUUUGGAGGAUUUGUCUGACGCUCAGAAACGAGCCAUGAACAGGGCUGCUUUCAGUUGGAACAAAAUGGAAGACGUUGUUUAGAAACGGAGGUGGUAAUACCUGGGCUAAGUCCUACUGCUCAUUCUUGUUUUCAAAAACGCUUUCUCCCAUUUGUUCGAACCGAAUGUGACUCAGGUAACAUAAAAGCCACACUUGGUACGGGUUUGGUUCUGGUCAGACACAGUCAAUCACAAAUCAUUUUUCUGCUGAUCUACAUGUACUUUACAUCCCUUACAUAGUCUUGUUACCCACCAAGCUGAACGCACAAUUCCGCUUACAGCAGGGCUGAUACUUGAGAUGAACAGAAUCUGAAUUUUAAUACAGAAGAUGUGCUGUGCUGCGCAUUGUGAUUUCUUCAUCACUGGAUUCACUUUGACUUAUAGCACAGUGAGACCUCUGGGUGACAGCAAUACUGAAGGGUUAACUUAAUUGUACAGAUGUGCUAUAAGUAGAAUGCAGGGUUAUGUUGCUAUAAAUGCUAUUGAAGUAAUGAUGUUACAUUAUGUGUCGUUAGACCACACUUGAUUCUUUCCAAAUGAGCUCCAUUGCUGUCAAACAGUUACAGGUCAUUAGGUUACCAGGUCUUUAUGCUAUAAGGCCCAGGUCUAUAUAUUCAACCCAUUUAUAAUUACUUCCAAAUGAAUACUGAAACUUUAUUUGUUACAAGAGAGUUCUAAUUUCAUCAUUCAGUGACGGUUGUUCGGUAAAUACAGGUUACUUGACUAGAAAUGUGUUAUUAAAAUCUAUAAAAUGACAAGAGUAGUAGACACGUGCAACUGUGUUGUCUUUGCAAUAAACAAAUAUAUAUGAAUGUC